UAACCACAACUCUCUCCUCCUGGUCCGGGCAUGCUAGAAAAUGCAACGAAACAGCCAAGUCCUAUUGUGUCAAUGGUGGGGUAUGCUACUACAUCGAGGGGAUUAAUCAGCUGUCUUGCAAGUGUCCGAUCGAAUUCACAGGAGACCGGUGUCAGCAUUUCGCAAUGGUCAGCUUCUCCAAGCAUCUUGGAUUUGAAUUAAAGGAAGCAGAAGAGCUCUACCAGAAGAGAGUUUUAACCAUCACGGGAAUCUGUGUUGCCUUGCUUGUGGUGGGCAUCGUCUGUGUGGUAGCUUACUGUAAAACCAAGAAACAAAGAAAACAAAUGCAUAAUCAUUUACGUCAGAACAUGUGCCCUGCCCAUCAGAACAGGAGCCUUGCGAACGGGCCAAGCCAUCCACGUUUGGAUCCUGAGGAAAUCCAAAUGGCCGAUUAUAUUUCUAAGAAUGUUUCUGCCACUGAACAUGUGAUCCGAAGGGAAACAGAGACGACCUUUUCAGGAAGUCACUCCUGCUCCCCAUCUCAUCACUGCUCCACAGCCACUCCAACAUCCAGCCAGAGACAUGAAAGCCACACCUGGAGCUUGGAGCGGACGGAGAGCCUGACUUCAGAUUCCCAGUCUGGGAUAAUGCUAUCCUCAGUGGGAACCAGUAAAUGCAACAGCCCUGCAUGCGUGGAGGCACGGGCUCGCCGUGGGGCUGCCUUCUGCAUCGAGGACUCACGGAGGCCCAUGACACAGUAUCGUGACUCGGUGGAUUCUCUGCGGGACUCACCGCACAGCGAGAGGUACGUAUCGGCUCUGACCACACCAGCACGCCUGUCGCCUGUCGACUUCCACUACUCAAUGGCCACGCAGGGGCCCACCUUCGAGAUCACCUCCCCCAACUCUGCGCAUGCCGUGUCCCUGCCGCCGGCAGCCCCCAUCAGCUUCCGGGUGGAGGAACAGCAGCCCCUCCUGCGGCGCUACCAGCUCCCCUUCCAGGACACACAGAGGUAUGACAGCUACUACCAAAGGAAGACCUACCUAAACGACAGCAUGGGGAGCCUGCCCUCCAGCCCCUUCCGCAUCACGGAGGACGAUGAGUACGAGACAACGCAGGAGUACGUCACAGCACUAGAGCAGCCAAAGAAAACAGCCAGCAGCAACAGGCGGUGGAAAAAAUCCAAACUGAACGGGCACGUCCCUCACAGAGCCAGAGCCGUCAGGGAGUCCUUCUCCUUGA